AACUCAUCCAGUGCUCCGAGAAGGUCGCAUAGAAAAUUGUUCCCGUAAUUUUUUACGUUUAUAUCCAGAUUAUAUUUAUUUCUCGUGAUCUGUCUAUUUGCUCCAAUGCCUACAGCAAUGGCAACCAUAGAGCAUGCCACGCAGCUGCUGGAUUUUACGCAAAAACUCGAUAUAACUUUACUAGACUCGGUUGUCUCGUGUUUUUACAUGGCACAAGGACCACAGGUUCAUACAUAUUUUCCGUUCAUUUUAUGACUGUAUCAUGUGCAGAUUUUGGAAAUGGCCGUCUGAUUGACGGAUUAUUUUUCGCUUCAUCAGCAACGAAUGGCAGACCAGAUCCUAACUCAACUCAAACAGCACCCGGACGCCUGGACAAGAGUCGAUACAAUACUCGAAUUUUCAAAUAACCAGCAGACUAAGGUAGGUUUCAAUAUCUGGAUUUUCCACAAAAUUUAUAAUUUUUUUGAGUCAUUCUAAUAAUUCUUAUUCCAGUAUUUCGCGCUCCAAAUACUCGAAUCGGUCAUCAAGACGCGAUGGAAAGUUCUUCCGUCCGAGCAGUGCGAAGGUUAGUCAGCCAGUAGAAAGUUUACUAUAAGUCUGUCAGAAUAAAUUAUCAUUUCCAUGGUUUGACAGUAAAACCAAUUAAAGAAAUCCUUCUCAUAAGGUAAAGUAAGAUUUUUAUUUUUUAUUUUUCAGGGAUCAAGAAAUAUAUCGUAGGGCUCAUAAUAAAAAUCUCGUCUGAAGGCGAUAUGUUGGAGGUGUGUUAGUGUAGUGUUGUUUACAAAGUUGGUUUUUGUUUUCGCGUGACAAUUGUCUAAUACUCUGUCUUCGCUGCGAAGUUUUAAGUCUCCUCUUCAGUAAAGUAAAUUUUUAUUCUAUUUUCAGAAAGAAAAAACAUAUAUUGGAAAGUUGAAUAUGAUUUUAGUGGAGGUAUGUGAACUUAGGUGUCCGUUUACCAUUUAAAGGGUGAUUCCCGCCAAAAAUAUUCGCAUUUAGAAUGCUACUUUCAGUGGUCAGGUAUAGAAGCGACAUUUAUUUCGGUAGAAGACGGUUGUGUUCGUCUUUGCAAACGAGAUCUGUCGUAUUUUAAGUUCUAAGUUGUCAAAAACAUUGAUUAUUUAGUCAGCUAAUGCUGUUUAUGACAGGUGUUUAUGGGUAAUAGGAGAGAAUGGCUGGUUGCCAGACAUAACUUCUCACCAUGAGUGCCUAAACUGACAUUUUCAGUUGAAUUUAAGUACCAUAUCAAUGGACCACUUGAUUUUGUUCCUUGUUCCUCAGGUUCGGGUUGCAUAUUGUAGUUACUUGCUUGAGCAUUGAAAAUCAGACCUUACUGUUUAGCACCUUAUUCCACUAAGUCUGAUUUGGCGAAUUGCAUAUUAUUAUUUAAAGUGAUUUAAAUAUUUAAAAUGUUGUAAUGAAUUGCUGUUUGUUGAAUUGUGGCAUUGUUUUUUUAAUUCCACUUUUAUAGUCUGUUUAAUUUUAGUUCUUAUAUUUGUGUAGAUUUUGAAGCAUGAAUGGCCAAAGAAGUGGCCAAGUUUUAUCAGUGAUAUAGUUGGCGCUAGUAAAGCAAACGAGUCUCUCUGCCAGAACAACAUGGUGAUUCUUAAACUUCUCAGGUAGGUGUUUCUCUAUGUAAUCAUUAAAAAUUGAUUUGAAGGAUUGUAUGAUUUGGGAUGAAUUAAAGUUACUAUUUGUUAUUACAGAUUUAUUUAAACCUUUGGUGUUGUUGGAAGGCUUUUAACACAAUUCUAUGCAAAUAUUACUUAGACAAGACCAAAAUAAUCCCUAACCGCAAGAAAGAAAAUUAAGAUUUUUUUUUUUUCUUGCAUCUAUUAUAAAGACCAGGUCAAGAUGAAUAAAAUUACCAAAAGUCUAGUUAGAACGUAGUUUAUUUAGAAAUGAAAUACUAAUUAUGUUGAAAAAGAAACCUGCAAAUCAUUUUAAAAUAUGCAUAUAAAGGUCAGUUGUCCUGAUUGCUCACUUUUGGGCCCAUCAAUGUCUUUCAAACAUUUGUUUUUCUUGACUGCAGUUCUUUCAUGGAAAGUUUGUCAUUAAAUAUGAAAUUAAUUUGAAUUGCAUUUUUGAGUUAUUAUUUUUUUCAUUAAGUGUCUGUGACCUAAUGAGUUUGUUAAUUUUUUUCAGUGAGGAAGUUUUUGACUUCUCCAGUGGUCAGAUGACACAAGCAAAGGCAAAACAUUUGAAGGACAGCAUGUGCAGUGAAUUCUUGCAGAUAUUUACCCUUUGCCAGUUUGUUCUGGUAGGUUAUGGACUUAAUUUUUUACAUGUUGGAAUACUCACUUUAAUUACGAGUGACAUGACACUUUCCACAUGCAGUUUGAUAUAAUUAACUAUGGCUCUGUGAUCUUAUUUGUCAUUAGGUUUAUUUCUGAUCUUACAUGCCUGAGAAAAAUAAUGUUAUUGCAGAGAAGUUAUGCAGAUAAUUUACUCCUACUUGAAUUAUUUGCCAGGAAAUAUUUUGCCAUUCAGAUUUUGAGCUCUACUGGAGCACUUUCAUUAUAAACUAUUCAAUAUUUUUUUUGUUUAGGGCAACUCUCAAAAUGUCACUCUCAUUGGUGCAACAUUGGAGGUCAGUGGAUUGUGUUACUUAGAAGCUUAUUACAUUAUAACUCAACUCCUGUUAGUUCUGUGAUUACACAAGGUUUGCCUGGGUCCUGGAAAACCUGGGAAGUCCUGGAAUUUUAUUUUGUAAGUUUCCAGGAUUGGAAAGUCCUGGAAAUCUGCUUAACUCAAGCAAUAAAGUUUUCUGAAUUUAUGUUAUAAGAAAUGUAUAAAGACUGUAACUAUGAUUUAUUUUGAAAUUUUGGAAGUGAUAAGAUUUAAGUUGAAAUUUGGAGCCCUGGAAAAAUCAAAUUAAAUCCUGGAACAGUCUACGAAAUUUGUUUCAUAAAAAAGGUACGAACCCUGAUUACAGGGUGAGUGGUAUGUAAACCAAGGAGAUAUUGUAACCUCUGAUGUUUUUGCAACCCUUCCCUUAAAAAAAAUGGAAAGAAAGAGAAAAAGGGAGUCAUUUGAAUAGAACAGCUGUGGACAGCUGUUGAGGGUUUUAGAGACCUAACAUCAGCAUGAGGUUACAAACAUAAGAGCUCUGGGUUCUAAAGCUAAAGACUGUGCAAUUUUUGUUAUUCUACACUAAUUAGAAUAUACUGAAGGUACACUGUUGGUUGUUUUUUUUUUUUUUUCUUGUUGUUGUUGUGUCACAAAAUGGUUUGAACAAAAUAAAUUUGUAAUGACCAAUUUUAGAAGGAGGAACAGUUGGUCUGUGGAGCAUGACAUCCUUAAACUCAUUCCUUUUAUGCUAUUAUUGUAGACUCUGCUACGUUUUCUCAACUGGAUUCCCCUUGGUUACAUAUUUGAGACACAGCUGAACAGCACGCUUGUUUGCAAGGUAUGCUGGGAAAUAACCCAUAACAACACCAUUAAUUUUUUUUGUUCCCUCUUAAUACUUGGAUUGCUAAAUUCAUUAUGUUUGAUAUGAAAAGUACAGACUUAAGCAGAAGUUCCUUCUAAUUUGCAGUUUCUGAAUGUGCCCAUGUUCCGAAAUGUGACUCUGAAGUGUCUGACUGAAAUUGGUAAGGUUUUUUUUUUUUGUUUUUGUUUUUUUUGCAAAAAGAAUGAAACUGGAAACUGGCUCAUGAAAGUUUGCAGUCCAGAAAUCUUUUGCUAUUCUUGCGCUGAAUGAGUUUAAUCCUUAGUGAAGUAAUCUUAGGCAAUAGAGUUAAACCUUGUUUUGCAAAUGUUUUGUUUUGUGAGUUAGUGAAUGUAGCAAGGUACAAUUUUAUUAGGCUGUUAUUUUACUGCAUCCAAUCCAUCCAUUGCAUUUUUUUGAAACUAUUCUUACAGCUGGCAUUGAUGCAAACCAGUAUGAUGAACAGUUUGUAGUGCUGUUUUCUUUAACGAUGGCUCAGUUAAAACAGGUAAGCAUAGCAAUAUUAAUUUUGGCUACUUCAUCCUUUAAAUAUAGUAACUUCCUGUAGCUAAAUACUGCAUUUUAGCCACCUGCAUUGCAGCCCCUUUAUUUUGGAAGAAGAAAUUGCAUAGCCAGUCUUAUUGUGUGCCACACUUACAAGCUUUUUUAAGAGCUUAAAUGCAAGUGCUGGUUUCCUGCUCCUUGGGAUAGAGAUUGCUAUAACAGUUUGCGCCUUUGUAAAUGUUAUAUACACUUACAUAAUUCAUGUGAAUACAAACAUGAAGAAACCAAAUGUAGUUUUUUAAUGAAAAUUGUUGGAGCUAUAAAAUUUGUCUUGUUCAUAUCAGUGUAGAGCUCACUCUUUAUUUUGAAUUUCUAUCUAGAUGCUCCCUUUGACAAUCAACAUCAAAGAUGCAUAUGCAAAUGGAAAAGAUGAUGAGCAGAAGUUUAUUCAGAAUCUGAGUUUGUUCUUGUGUACAUUUCUAAAGGAACAUGGCCAGUUAGUGGAGAAGAAGGUAUGGCUGAGAAAUUAUUUUACAUCUCAGAUUAGUACUUUUGAGUAUACCUAAAGAAGCAUAUUUGAUUUGUAAAUAUUCUCUUCUUUGUAGGAGGAACUACAUACAACAUUGUUGGAGGUAAGAAUUUGGUGGUAUAUACUUUAGUGUCAACUUCCUAUGUGCAGUUGAUGGUAUACUUAAUUGGAAUGCAAGGGCAAAAUUUAUGUACAAUGACACACCAUAGUCAAUUAAGAAGAGUCAAUAAAAUUUCAAUUCAGAUCUAACUGUACAUGACUUUUUGAGUGCUGAGAGGGAAGUGGCAGAGGUGGCAAAAUUCCUUGCUAACCUUGCAAAGUAGACAACAAAAAGAAUUAUAAAAUAAUGCAAAUAGUACGCAUGCUCUGAUUGGCCAUAAAACCAUUUUACAUGAGUGUAUGUAAACACGGUUUUCGUUCCUCUUUCAUUUGUUAUUUUAUAAAAGAAAUGUAAAAUGGUUUCCGUGUUUACAUAGCCUGAUGUAAAAGUGGGGAAACAAUAAGCUGGAAAAUUGGUUGCAUUGUUGUGUUUACAUCAGGAUAAUAAACAUAUUUACACAAACAUUGUUGUACUUAUAAUACAUAUUUCCAAACAAAGUUAUUGUUUGCCUCUUCAGGCUCUCCAUUAUCUUGUCCUCAUCUCUGAGGUAGAAGAGACAGAAAUAUUCAAGAUUUGUUUGGAGUACUGGAAUGCCCUGGCAUCAGAUUUAUACCGCGAGAACCCAUUCCCUUCAAGUACACCUCUUUUGAUUGGCUCUUCACAGUCUCAAACAAUACCACCAAGAAGACAAAUGUACUUGUCAGUAUUAUCCAAAGUAAGUAAAUUACUGCUGCCUUUAGCUCUUGUCACUUCAUUUUCCACAAGAGACAGCAGGAAUAGAAACUAGGUAGAUUGCAAGUUAAUUUUCACCUUGUUUGAGAAACUGUGGUGUGCUUUUGUGCACAUAGGUUCCUUAACUACAAUGACUUUUCUGAAUUUUGAACAUUGAAAGGUCUUGUUUUUGCAUGUUAUGUUUAGGACCACAGAAGAAUCAACAAGAGUUUGAUUUAUUUGGUGAUAUGUGAUUCUGUUCACAAUUACUUAUGUGAUUCCUUGUUACUUGUUCAUGACAUAUUUAGGUACGGCUUACUAUGAUUGCAAGGAUGGCCAAACCAGAAGAGGUGAGAAAAUCUGUGGGAUGCUGAUAGAAUCAAGAUGAAGUACAACUUUUUUUUUUUAUUUACUCUCGACAACAUGAUGGCAAAAUGAGUAUGCAUGCUCCUCACUUGCAAAAAAUUGAUGCCUGGAAAGGAAUGGGAAUGAUGAUAUUUCCACACUACUUAGGCAAAACGGCUGCAUUUUUUAAAUUCCAUUCCUUAUUUUCACAGUUAGGGUUUCCAUCUAUAGUAAAGUUUCUGUCAAACCUCCAACGUCACCUAUCUCACUCAACAAAAAGAGUAUUGUGCUAAGAGGUGUGAAUUUAGUGACUGAAGUUGAGCAUCAGUCACAUGGCUACAAAGGUUGUAACACCUGCUAUUGCUUAAGCACUUCUUGUCAUGGCCUCCUUAGUAGGCAAAAACCCUGAAGAAAAAGUUUGUUGUCUUGGAAGAACAACCUGAAUCAGCUUAUGUUUGCAGAAGAAGAAUUGCAGCCCUGAAUGCACAAAUGGCUUGAGUAGUGUAGCAUGUGCACUCAUUUUGCUGCCUUGUCAUUCUUAACAGGUUCUGGUGGUUGAAAAUGAUCAAGGAGAAGUUGUCAGGGAGUUCAUGAAGGAUACAGAUGCUAUCAACCUCUACAAGAACAUGAGGGAAACCUUAGGUAAAUAUAACAAUGGAAGAUGAACUAUGCAAGUGUUUUUACACAUUUUGAAAUGAAUUUAAUAAAUUAAUGCUAAUUCAGGGUGCAACAGUGAUUAUUAAUAUGAGACGUGGAAAGCUUGCUAACUUUCGUUUAUUAUUGCAUGUUAAGUUUAUCUCACCCAUUUGGAUUACCAAGACACUGAGAGAAUAAUGACAGAAAAAUUACAGAAUCAAGUGAAUGGCACUGAAUGGUCAUGGAAGAAUCUCAAUACGGUUAGUUGUGAUAUUAUUCAGAGAUUUUUUUUCCCUUGCAAUAUUUUGAAAAGGAUGUUUAGAAUUAUUCUUUGUGUGUGUGAAAAGAUUUUUAACCACGGAAAAUAUUUCAUGUUUGAUACACUUGUCAGUAUUUAUCAUAAUUUUGUUUCGUGCAUUAACAGUUGAUAAUAAACAGUUUGAUUUGUGUUAACAGCUUUGUUGGGCAGUUGGCUCUAUCAGUGGAGCAAUGCAUGAAGAGGAUGAGAAGAGAUUCUUGGUUACUGUAAUCAAGGUAAUGAAUAAAAAUGAUAUAUCUUCCUUCACAUCUUACAAAAUAAGACUUAUUCUUAAAUUAUAUGUUUGUCCUUUAUAGUAUAAAUCAACAUGCUUGAGGAAUGUUGGCUGAACUUUACCACCUUGAAGAUUACAUUAGCCUGUGUUAAUGAGUAGUCUGAAUUUAAGACAUCUUCUUGCUUAUGUACUCCUUAGACUUACAAGCAAAAAAAAAAAUUUUUAAUUUUUAUUGUUUUUUUUUUAAUCCUGAGUAUAUUUUUGUACAUUGUCCAAUUUUCAUUGUGGAAUUUUUUUAUUUAUAGGAUCUCCUUGGCUUAUGUGAAAUUAAACGUGGGAAGGACAACAAGGCAAUUAUUGCCUCAAAUAUAAUGUAUAUUGUUGGGCAGUAUCCAAGGUUCUUGAGGUGUGUAAACAUGCAGCUUAAUAUACGUAUUUCAUGCAGUAUCUCUGCAUGACUGUAUGUGUGGUUGCAUUUUGUUUCAUUGGUACCUUAGCCAUAAGGGAAAAAAUAUCUGAAUCAUAACUAUUUCUUCUUUCCAGGGCCCAUUGGAAGUUUCUGAAGACAGUGGUUAACAAACUAUUUGAGUUUAUGCAUGGUAAGCUUUGUAUCCUUCAUUUUAGUGAGACACUUACAGCUCUGGUAGCAUUGGAAAUAAUUGGCCACUAGAUGGGUGGGGCAUAAUUUAUAGAUUCAUCAACAUUCAUCAGUAAAUUAUUGUAUUUUGUGUUAUAGAAACACAUGAUGGUGUCCAGGACAUGGCUUGUGAUACUUUUAUCAAAAUAGCCCAGAAAUGCAGAAGACAUUUCACCCAGGUAGGAAAAAAAAAAUCCAUUUUACCAGUCUAUUGCUAAAAGCUUGUAAAUAAACUGUACUUUAUUCACUCUUUAUUAGGUGCAGGUUGGCGAGGUUAUGCCUUUUAUUGAGGAAAUACUAAACAGUACACAGUCUAUUAUCUGUGACCUCCAACCACAGCAGGUAAAUUUUUUGUUAUUCGUGGAUUAUGUAGCAGAUUGAAUAUAAGAAAAAUGAUCAAAUAAAAUCUAGAGUGCUAUUGAAAUAACUUACCAGUAUAUUUUGUUUCAUUAUUUGUUUUUUCAAUAUGUUUUCCAUUAAAUUUAUGGCAAACAGACCCCAAAAACAUUCUAAUAUUUCCUUCUUCCUAUUUAUAGGUUCACACUUUUUAUGAGGCAGUUGGAUAUAUGAUCAGUGCACAAACUGUAAGUGACAUAAAGUUUAUGUAUUGUCUUUUUUCAGGCUUUCCUUUUAGAAAAAGUUACAUGAAAAAUGUUCUGUAUAUCAUUUGCAGGAUUCUGUUGUCAUGGAGAGAUUAAUUGAGAAGUACAUGUCACUUCCAAAUCAAGCCUGGGACAACAUUGUUAAAGAAGCAACAAGGGUAAGUUAAGAAAACUGAAUCAGCUGCUGUAUAGUACUGAAUUUUACUUUAAAGAUCUAGCAUUGUUAACAUUAUAGGCUACCAGACAAGUUGAUGGUCCUGUAUCCAUUUCCAGACAUCCAGAGCCUAUUGUGGCAUUCCAGCCACCUUUUUAUGUUAUGUGAUUUUGACUUUGGUAUUUUGUUGACACACAGCCUUAAUCAUUAGUCUUUAUGAACACUGGUGCUUUACACCAAAUAUUCUGGCCAAACCAAACGACUUUGAGUCAUAGAUUUCUUUUUUUCUUUUUUUUAGAAUAUCGAUCAUUUGAGGGAAAUAGAAGUUGUCAAACAGCUGGGAAACAUUCUGAAAACAAAUGUUCAAGGCUGCAAAUCAAUUGGACACCCUUUUGUUACACAGCUUGGAAGAAUAUACCUGGAUAUGCUUAACGUUUACCGCUGUCUUAGUGAAAACAUUUCUGUGGCAAUAGCGGAAAAUGGUGAAAUUGUCACAAAACAGCCUCUUAUAAGAGCAAUGAGAACAGUGAAAACAGAAACCCUCAGACUAAUUUCCACAUGGGUUGGCAAAUCAAAUGAUGCAAAGCUUGUGUGUGAUAACUUUAUUCCUCCAUUACUGGAUGCUGUACUGGGUGACUAUCAGAGGAAUGUGCCUAAUGCACGGGAACCUGAAGUGCUGAGUACCAUGGCAACUUUUGUUAACAAAUUAGAGGUUUGUAUUAAUGUUCUCAUAGUGAUAAAGGACUGUUCAGUGUAGUGUUUACUAAAUUUUUUGUAUAAAAGAAAUACACAAUGACCCAUCAGAGUUCAGGAAAAUAUCACAAGAGCCACCAGGAACUCCAAGUCAAAACAUGUAAAUGGACUAAAUUGUGGAAAAUGGGAGUGAUCAAGGACAAGUUGUCGUAGUUUGGUAUUUAAUUGGUUAACAUGACUUUAAUUUUGUCUUGACUAUUUCUUUUUUUAUUCAAUCUUCAGAGAAAUGUCACAGAGCAUGUGCCAAAGAUAUUUGAUGCUGUGUUUGAAUGCACCCUGGACAUGAUUAAUAAGGUUAGGUGACUGUUGCCAUUGUUUUUAUUUGUAUGAUAAAUCAUGGAACCUUGUAAGAAUUCUGUAAGUUGUAAAGAGUAUGAAUUCUGAAAUAGCCCAUUUUGUUUUCGGUUCUUCAGAACUUCGAAGAGUUCCCUGAACACAGAACAAACUUCUUCCUCCUUCUCCAAGCAGUGGUGCAACACUGCUUCCAAGGUAAUAAGGCUUGCAUGUAAUUGAAAAUCUUCUCUUUGAAACCCUUAAAGGGUCUUUCUCUCUGAUAUUUUUCUUGCUGACAGGCCCCAUUGGCCUAGUGGUUGGUUAAUUCAACUCCAAAUUUAACCUAGCCUCUUAUUUAUUGUAUACAUCACUGCUGAAUCAAACAGGUCAUGGGGUGAGAGGAAAUUAUCUCUAACCAAAGAACAUCUCUAUUGUGAAAGCUGUUAUUUGAAGCCAUAACUUAGCAGUCAUUCAAGGAAAUUUUGCUUUAAGUCUUGGCAAAGUAAAGCCAGCACACAACUGUCUUGCUGCUUGUAACUAAGUCUUGUAGAUGUGACCAUAUCAAAUUGCUUCUUUAUUUGUUUUUCAGCUUUAUUAACAAUACCACCUCAACAAUUCAAGCUGGUUUUAGAUUCCAUUGUUUGGGCUUUCAAACACACAAUGAGAAAUGUUGCAGACAUUGGUAUGUACUUUCAUCAUGUAAAAUUGCAUUAAUUAUUAAGUACUGCAAACCAAUCAUUAUCAGGGCAUGUAAUCAACCUAAAGGAAUGAUACUUUUUCAUAGGGCUUCAUAUUCUGUACUCAUUGUUAAAAAGCUUGGAGCAAGAAGCUGCUGCACAGAGUUUCUAUCAGACGUACUACAUGAUGAUUGUUCAGCAUGUGUUAUCAGUAGUCACAGACACAUCACAUACAGCAGGUACUGUUGAAUAAUGGUACUUUGUGUUAGACACAGGUGGGAACAAUGAAGCCAUCCCUAAGAAAGAAAUACAAAUUUAGCAUUUUUGGACAUGGUCCAAAUUGUGUUUAAAAUUUAUUUCAUUAGAAAAUACUCACUUUAUACUUCCAGAAUAUUAUUAAGUGUAUCCAGUCUUUCUGGACUUGUUAUUAUGCAAAGUUAACUGUAGUGCCUAUGUAAGGAUAUGCACACCAGCAGUCUCUCAUCCCAGUGACCAUAAAUACCAUGCCCCUUAAAGUAAGGUCAAGUCUCUCAUAGGCUAUGAUUUCAUUACUUUAUUGAUUGCUGAACUUUUUUCAGUCAUGUGGUGUAACUUCUUAACUUGUUAGCUGGCUAUGUUUUACACUCAGUAGAUGUCACUGUCAACUUAUAUUGAUAAAGUUAACUGUUUCCUUGUGUCCUUAGGUUUAACAAUGCAUGCAACAAUCUUGGCACACAUGUUCAGUUUAGUAGAAUCAGGGAAAGUUUCAGAGCCUCUUUUUGCUGCAGAAGCAACACAGUAUCCCACAAAUCAGGUGUGUGUGGUUACACAAGCCCUACAAUUCUGCUUGUUUAUAAUUUGUAUGGUUUAUGUUUCUACUCUUUGUGAAAGUCUUGCUAUUUUAACUAUUUUUAACUCAAUCAUGUUUCCCGGUUUUUAGGCAUAUGUUCAAGAGUGCAUAGCCAAUCUUCUCAAGCAAGCUUUUCCUCAUUUGCAAGAGUAAGUGGUGCCUGUUUGCAUACAGCCCGUAACCUAGCUUUGCGCAAUGUGAUCAAUAUCAAGUUUAAUGAUGUUGGAAGUUCUUUCAUAGGCUCUCAAGUUAAGAACACUUGUCAAUCAUGUUUAAUAAAGUGAAUCUGUUAAAAAAAAACAGUGAAACCCACCGAAAACUAUGAAUUGGUAAUUAACACAACUACUCUCAAAUUUCUGAUGGUAAUUGUGGGAUUAAAACAAUUUCAACAUGUAAGAAUGCCAGAGUUUAUUUUUUUCUCUUUUUCUAAUGGUGAUUUUUAUUCUGGUUAGUGCACAGAUUAAGCUGACUGUCCAAGGGCUUUUUGAUCUAAAUCAAAACAUUCCAGCGUUCAAGGAACAUUUGCGAGACUUCAUGGUGCAAAUCAAGGUAUCCUGUCUGUUUUGUGUUGUGUUUAUUCACUUAAUUGUUUUGAAAGAAAUGUUUCAAAUAUAAAUGUAAAGUGGAUAUGAGCUAUUAGACCAGUUAAUUUGACAAUCAUCUUAUGUCCAAAAAGUUCCAGUAACAAAUUUGUAUUUUUUUAAAACAGCAAUAUAUUUAUUCAUCACUGAGUGUUAGUUUGUAAAGGAAAAGCAACAACAACUAGUACAGAGUAAUCAUAUACCAGUUAACUUCUAGUGUGAACUGUAUAUUUUGAUGGCUUAUCAAUCACAAUCCUCAGAUUGUAGUAUGUACAUGUGUGAUAAUAUAGAUGUUAAAACUCAGUUCUGUCCUGUUUAUGUUAUCCAGGAAUACAGAGGUGAAGAUGUCAGUGACCUGUAUUUGGAAGAGCGUGAUCAGCAGCUGAAAUCAGCUCAGGAAGAGAAACGAAAAGUUCAACUCUCUGUACCUGGAAUUGUCAACCCUCAUGAUGUGCCUGAAGAAAUGCAAGAUUAAUAUUUAUUAUUAGUUUUUAAUGAUAUUCUUUAACUAUUAGUUAGAUUUUGCCAAUGAGUAAGAUACUAGUAUUAUCUGCAUGAAACAUGUAUUUUUGUACUUUUUUUGUGUUUGUAAUUACAUGAUAAUCUGGCAGAGAAAAGCAACCUACUUUUUAGGUAAUAGCAAUUCAGAAACAUUGUAUGAAUGACGUAUUGUGGUAUAUGGAUACCACACUCUUUAGCUAUUAUUGACAAUAAGUUGUAUUAUUUCAUGUUGAAAAUAGUUUGCUGCAGAAGCCAAAAGGCCAAAGGCUGGAAGAUACAAUUUUUUUAAAAGAUUUGUUGGUUUAUACUGAGCAGUGGGCGGUUGUAUUCAUUUAUAUGGACUGUUUUAUUAGAGGGGAAAUUUUGGUUGUUAAAAAAAUACUUAUGGCAUACGCCAUCUGAAAUAUUUGGACCAUCUCUCCUUGCUUAGUUUCUUGAACAGUGAUCCACAGAAAGUGUAGUGCUCAGUAUAAAGAUUUUGUCAGUAUAUCUUGAGUUUGUAUUAUUUUGUUACCAGUUAUUUACAUCCAUUCCAUCAUUUAAUAUAAAGUGUUCUAUUGGAAAAGUGUGGAAUAUAAAUAAAAAGACAAGUAAUGUAUUUUAUAUUAUUUUAUAUUGAAAAGUAGGAGUUUAUGAACAGUUAAUAAAUUAAUUGCUGUACAUUUCUAUAUUAUAUGGUGAAGAAUAGUUUCACUGCGAGUCGAAGGGACAAAUCGUGAGGCAGUUUGUGUAACAUUCCUGUUAGUUAGAAUGGUUUAUCAUCAUCAAUUAUCAAUUAAGUUUGAAACUUGAACAUUAGAUUUGUUGUCAAUGCAUUAUGUUGUCAUACAUGAAAACACUUCAUUUGUACCACUGAAGUUGGUUAGUGUUCCAAUGAAAAACGUGUAGUUCAAGUUUAAACAGUUUGCAAUUAGUCCAGAAGGUCACAUUAUGUUAAUCUUGUAUAGUUCAUAACUUGUGAACCAUCAAAUGAAUCAUUUCUCCCUUGAAAGAAAAAGGAAGCAUAUGUUUUAUUGCUCAAGUUGUAGCAGCAAAAUUAGGUUAUGACCUAUGUUUGCUUUUCUGAUGAAGUGAUUGGUCAAAGAAUUCAGUCAAUAACUUCAGUAAAUUUAGGCAGUGUCAGAGCUCCUUUGUAUUUAUACAAUGGUUUGAUUUUUAUUUUGUUAGCAGUUUGCCAUUAUGUGCUGCAGCCUAUCUCCCUGUUUGUAAAUCUGUUUUCCUUGAGAUGCAAGCUUUUAGAGUGGGGGUAACUUUUUGUGUUCCUCAGUCCAGUGGACAUGAGCCCAAGGUAUGUGCAAAGAGAGAGUCAUCUCUCAAGAGACUAUCGCUUUGUGCCUGCCUAGCACUUGCUCCCACUUGCCUUAAAAAUAC